GGCCACGCCCCCUCCGCGGCAUUAUGCCCGCGAUUUACUAGCCUGUCGGGAGAGGAGUCCUGCCUGCAGAAAACCCCAAUGGCUGGAAAGGAGGAGGCGCUCAUCACCAGGUUUCCUUGCAAGAGCCCUGACUGCAGAACAGGAAAUCCAUCCAGCAGCACUGCAAAGUAACUACGGCUCUGUACUUUCAUCCUCCACAUCUACUGUUGGCAAGACAGAACUUCAGUAACUAGGCUUGUUCUCUGUCCCUAUGUAUCUUCCACAAGGAGAUGACAAAAUAUGCCUCCCCCAAAAUCCAGUGGAUUUGUUCGGUUCUAGUAAUACAGUGAGAAUAUGUGCACCCAUGGUACGAUAUUCCAAGCUUGCUUUCAGGACCCUAGUGAGAAAAUACGGCUGUGACUUAUGUUAUACACCAAUGAUAGUCGCAGCUGACUUCGUCAAAUCUGCCAAAGCCAGAGACAGUGAAUUCACUACAAACCAAGGGGAUCAGCCACUUGUUGUACAGUUUGCUGCUAAAGAUGCAAAGGUUUUAGCUGACGCAGCCCUACUUGUCUGCCCUUUUGCUGGUGGCAUUGAUCUGAAUUGCGGAUGUCCACAGAGGUGGGCAAUGUCAGACGGUUAUGGUGCUUGCUUAAUAAAUCGUCCUCAGUUGGUUCAUGAUAUGGUGAGACAAGUACGCUGCCAAGUCGAGAAUCCAAGAUUUUCUGUGUCCAUUAAAAUAAGAAUUCAUGCUGACAUUGUGAAGACGGUAGACCUGUGUCGGAAAGCGGAGGCUGCUGGUGUUUCCUGGAUCACAGUUCAUGGGAGGCUUCCUGAAGAGAGGCAUCAGCCUGUGCACUAUGAUGCAAUAAAAAUCAUUAAGGAUAGCCUGUCUAUACCUGUUGUGGCUAAUGGAGAUAUCAAGAGCUUAAAAGAAGCUGAGAACAUUCAUCAAAUUACAGGAGCAGAUGGUGUGAUGGCUGCGAGGGGCCUUCUAACAAACCCAGCUAUGUUUGCUGGAUAUGAGGAGACACCACUUUCCUGCAUUAUGGACUGGGUUGACAUAGCUCUAGAACAUGGAACACCUUUUACAUGUUUCCAUCAUCAUAUUAUGUAUAUGAUGGAACAAAUAACUUCAAAACAAGAGAAGAGAGUUUUUAAUGUUUUAUCUAGUACGUCAGCUGUUCUAGAUUAUUUCAGAGAUGUUUAUGGAGUAUGAUGUAAAUUUUUAAUUUGAUUUUAUAUAUAAUCUAGUUUAUUAUGUUAUACAAAAGAUAAUUUGACCCCAGAGGAGGUCAAUAUAUGGUUGUAUUAGCUGUGUUCUAGCCUAUACAUCAUUCCAAAACACAUUAGUGCACACACAGCUGGUGAUACAAACUGUGUUACCGUGUGUGCUGACCAGUUUAGCUUGGGACAGGCACUAUAGUUUGCAACCUGAUGAUAUUCCAGCUUUAUCAUAAAUAUUCUUCAAAUGCAUUAUACGUUGUACCAAAGAAAGACAAUGUAGUGGAUCGA